AGGAGGCCAGAGGCCAGAGGAGGGGCCGCAGCAUGAUCCUCUCCCGGGCCAAGCCUGCCGUCGGAAGCGACCUCCAGCAGGCGGAUAAGUACAAGAAGAAAGGGAGGAAAAUUCCCAAGCUAGAAGACUUGUUAUUACAAAGGGAUUUCACCGGCGCCAUCACCUUGCUGGAGUUCAAACGUCAUGAGGGAGAGCAAAGUGAGGAUUCUGACCUGUGGAUGGGAUACUUUGCCUUUCACUUGGGAGAUUAUAAACGAGCCUUGGAGGAGUACGAGACUGUGACCAAAGAGGAAAACUGCAAUCCGGACGUUUGGGUCAACCUCGCCUGCACCUAUUUCUUCCUGGGGAUGUACAAGCAGGCGGAAGCAGCCGCGCUGAAAGCUCCUAAAAGCCGACUUCAGACCCGCCUCCUCUUCCACUUGGCUCAUAAGUUCAACGACGAGAAGAAGCUGAUGAGCUUCCACCAGAAUCUCCAGGACAUCACCGAAGAUCAGCUGAGCUUGGCAUCCAUCCACUACAUGCGUUCCCACUACCAGGAGGCCAUCGACAUCUACAAGCGCAUCCUGCUGGAUAACCGGGAAUACCUGGCCCUCAAUGUUUACGUGGCCCUCUGUUACUACAAGCUGGAUUACUACGACGUGUCUCAAGAGGUCCUGGCCGUCUACCUUCAGCAAAUUCCCGACAGCACCAUCGCGCUCAACCUCAAAGCCUGCAACCAUUUCCGACUUUACAACGGCAAGGCCGCCGAGGCCGAACUCAAGAGCCUGAUGGAGAACGCUUCAUCGUCCUUCGAAUUCGCAAAAGAACUAAUCAAGCACAAUCUGGUUGUUUUCCGAGGAGGGGAGAGCGCUCUGCAAAUCCUGCCUCCCCUGGUUGACGUCAUUCCAGAAGCCAGACUAAAUCUAGUGAUUUACUACCUCAGGCAGGAUGACGUACAAGAGGCUUAUAACCUAAUUAAGGAUCUCGAACCUACAACCCCACAGGAAUACAUCCUCAAAGGAGUAGUGAACGCAGCUCUCGGACAGGAAUUGGGCUCGCGGGAUCACCUGAAGAUUGCCCAGCAGUUCUUCCAGCUCGUGGGUGGAUCGGCCAGCGAAUGUGAUACGAUACCGGGGAGACAGUGUAUGGCUUCCUGCUUCUUCCUGCUUAAACAGUUUGACGACGUCUUGAUUUACCUCAAUUCGGUCAAGAGUUAUUUCUACAAUGAUGACACCUUUAACUUUAAUUACGCCCAAGCCAAAGCUGCCACCGGCAAUACUGUUGAGGGAGAGGAGGUGUUCCUCCUGAUCCAGAGUGAGAAGAUGAAGAAUGAUUUCAUUUACGUCAGUUGGCUGGCUCGCUGCUACAUCAUGAAUAAGAAACCCCGGCUGGCCUGGGAGCUCUACCUGAAGAUGGAAACCUCUGGGGAAUCUUUUAACCUCCUCCAGCUCAUUGCAAACGACUGCUAUAAGAUGGGCCAGUUCUACUAUUCGGCCAAAGCCUUUGAUGUGUUGGAGAGAUUGGAUCCCAACCCGGAGUACUGGGAAGGCAAGCGAGGUGCCUGUGUGGGCAUCUUCCAGAUGAUCCUGGCUGGCAGAGAACCCAAAGAAACCCUGCGCGAAGUGCUGCAUCUGCUGAGAAGCACAGGCAACAGCCAGGUGGAGUACAUCAUCCGCAUCAUGAAGAAAUGGGCGAAGGAAAACAGAGUGCCCGUCUGAGAGGGAGCCACCGCCCAAGGAGAUGCCAACCUCCUUGGCAGACUGUAACCAUCCUGUUGCUCUCAAGUGGCUCAAGGCGGGGCGGGGGCCUUCCUCGCCCACUUUUUCCCUCCCGGCAGAUGGGCCCACCUCAGCUCUCUUGGAGCCAGCAGAGCGCUACCCUACGGCCUGGGUCCACUCAUGGUAAAGUGUCUUGUUUUUAGGAAAAAGGCUGAGCUGACUCUUGUCUGAAUCCCCACUAGGCUCCUCUGUCUCCUCCUCAUUGCAGCAAAUUCUGACCCCGUAGACUACCUGAUUCUCAUGGCAGACUACCCACCAGAUCUCGAAUUCCCAAAUGUCUUCCGCGUCCUUCGGCUGUGCCACCCAAACCCGGCAGGGAGGAAACGGCCGUUGAAUAGCUCCUCGAAGGGAGCUUUGGCCUCCAACCUGGCUUUCUCUUCCCACCCAUCACCCAUCUUGCAUUGCCUCUAGCCCCACCACUUAGGCACCCAGUUGCCAGCUCUCGUGCCCAUGACCCGCUUCGUAAAGGACUCCAGGAGUCCGGGCAACCUUCGGCGGAAGAGUGACAAUAGGCUAUGACAGCUCAUCGGCUAUCACAGGUUCCUUCGCUGGCUUACUAAAACAUCGGGGAUAACUCAGUUCUGAAAAAUUGUCUUUAAGGUGAACGACUUCCUGGUUACUGCUCGUGACCACGGUCUCGAUUUUUUUUUAAGUGGUGACCAACCCAAGGACGCCUCAGUGCAGUGUCUCGGGAAAAUACAUUCAGGCAGCUGGAAAACUGGAAGAUUCCGUGGACUACUUUCCCGUGUAAUUAGACCACACUCGCCUCAAUCCUCUUGUUCACUGAAGGCGAGAGACAACAAACAGCCAGGUCCAAACCCGCUAGUCAGAACGUAACCCUGGGCUGGGCCCCCCGCCGUGGCCCCCAGACCCCGCUGAACGGAUGGGCUCCUGAGCUGCGGCCCCCACCCCAGCAGGUAGGCCCAGGAGAUGUACUCCGGGUCUCGUGGUUUCUCCUUCUCCCACCGCAUUCCGGAGUCUCGGCAAGUUCCUGGCAACCUCAUCUCCGACGUUCCCACCACAACAUGCCCGGACUCAAGUCCUCUGAGCCACCCCAUCUGUGCAGGAGAGGGAAGAAAGAGGAGCAGAGGGAGGAAUUCCCCACAGACGCAGGGCUUCCAAAUGUCUCUAGGCCGUGACCCAAGAGGGUCGGAAGCAGGGAUUCCCACUCAGGCCUACCUUUCCGCCGGGCAUGGGGCCACAGAGAAGGGCCGGAGACUACGAAACACAGACCUCAUCUCCUGAGGCUGUGGUGAACCAUAAAGGAGCAACGCAAGAUGGGUGAUGGGUGGGAAGAGAAAGCCAGGUUGGAGGCCAAAGCACCCUUCGAGGAGCUAUUCAACGGCCUUUUCCUCCCUGCCGGGUUUGGGUGUCACAGCCGAAGGAUGGGGAAGACAUUCGGGAACCACCAAUCCAUGGGUGGGAGACAGAAAGCGGGAGCCGGUUCGGGCUGGGACUCGCGGAGACAGAACCAUUUAACCCUGCUUGGGCCUGCCCCUGCCAGGCUAGGACACGUCUCCGCUGCGAAAGGCCUUGAGGCAGAGGGGAACGGUCGCUGCACUGGCUUCCAGUCGGUGGAACCGGGAAGAGAGAGAUUAUUUCCCACACUCAAGAAUUCAGAGUAAGCGCUGCCGUUUGUCACAUCAAAACAUGACUUGUAAAAGGGAACAUCGGCAGGGGGGCGGUUUACUUAUUCUUGUCCUUUUGAGAGCUUGUUUCAUCCUAAGAGUAACUUUAUACUAUGAUCCACUCUAGCUGUUCCAAUUAAAGUUUAUGAUUUGGUUUA